GUCUCACUCUAGCUUUCGGAUCAAUUUUCACUAUUCCCUCGUUUUCUUUAUGUGAUAAUAAAUACACAAAUAUUUUCAAUCCAGUUUCAUCGAUUUGCAAGUUGAUAUAACGAUAUAUACACGACACAAAGGACACAAUGUCCGCACUACGGCGAUCACAUGGCGGAGGUCGUGAUUUUCUGCAGGAGAACAAGCAAAAUGUGUCCAGGAUGGAGACCAAUGGUAGGUGUAUAGCUGCGGCCAAUGCCCGUCGUGUGCCCCUGUGGCGUCCAGUGGUCCUGCACUACACGGAGAAGUUGCGUCCCCAUGCCUACAAUGUCCAACGUCGUCCACGCCAGUUACACGGAGCCCAUGAGUCUCCCCGCCUGCGAGGCGGUCUUGCCCAGCCGUAUGGCUUUCACAACGAGAUGCGUCGCAGGAUGCCACCAAAUUCCUGCGGUUGUGAUUUGACCACAAGUAAAUCGGAGGCACGUAAGGAGCAGGAGCGCCUACAGGGCGGUUGGGAGGAUCAGCAAAAGCAAAGGAAAUGCUGCUCCGGUUGCACCUGCCAUCACGGCUAUCCGACUAAUAAACCAUCUGAUCAGGGUCACGAGGCAAAGGCGGUGCCGCAGCAUGAGGGUCACCACGGCCAAGCAGUUGCUCCACAUCAGUGCCAACAAUCGGAAACGGAUGGCCAAAUCCAACCCAAACAUGGCGAAGGUGAUCAGGCCGAUCGCAUUUCGGUAUGCUCCCGCAUGUCCCGGGAAUCCCGGGCAUCUCAGGCGUCUCAGGCGUCCCGUCGCUCCCAGGCAAAGUCAACACAGGCCCAGGAGAACAACGAACCCGAGGCACCCUUGAGCGCUCGCAGCAGUGCACCCACAAAGACCAUCAAGUCCAAGCGAUCCGUUUCCCAGGAGAGUGUGCGCUCGAAUGCCACCAUCAAGUCGAACGUUACUGUGGCCUCCAGAAGCACCACGGCUUCGAAGAGAUCUCAAGUCAGUCGCAAGUCAAAGUUAAUGGAGGUAAUGCCGCCACCAACCCACUUGGAGGAUCGAAGGCCCAAGGAGCGAGAGAAGGAGAAGGCGCCAACUGUCAUCGAAGGCUACACACCGUUGACGCCCAACGAGAGACAGGCUGCUCUCCAGGAUGCCCACAUAAAGUAUAGUAAGCUGGUCGAGGAAUACAAUCGUAUGCCCGUUUCUGAGCCAACUUUGCGCGUGCGCAAUCGAAAGAUCGCAAUCGAACGACAGCUGGACGAACUGGACUAUGCCAUCAAUAUGUUCGAUCAGCCCCAUAUGGAUAUGUAUUACAAGAAGUGAUGAUCGCAGUGCCUGUUACUCGUUUCAAAGUUUGUUGCCCAUUACCAAAUUUAGUUGUUUGCCAUAAAACUGAAUCUAAAUGAUUAGAUAGAUUGGAAUAUUUCGAAUCAAAUCGCUACUGAAUGAAGCAUUAAAAUUAAGAAUGAACAUAGACAAUUGCAACAGAAACCAAGGUUCUUCAAGAAUUAAAAUAUAUACAAUAAGAUAAUUAGCUCAAAAAUACAAAAGAAAUCGUUCUGCCUCGCAAGAAAUCAAGGAAAUAACUCAUUACAAGUUUAAUAAGCCCUUAGUGUACAAACAUAUUUGAAAUGAUAUGGGACAAUAUGAAAAUCAAAUACAAAAUAAAUAUCU